CUUUCCUUGGUAAGGUGGAGACCACCGUACCAGUUUCCCGUCAAAGUCCUCUCCUCUCACUUCUGUGGUUCACUUCAGAGUCUUCAGACAUUUUCCCGCCUGAGAUUGACUAGGGUUUGCCGUUGAUCUUCCGAUUCUCAGUUUCGAGCUCUCAAAGUGCUCCGUGCGGGGUGCCCCAUGGUGGAACCUCCAGCCAAACGCCCCAAAUUUACUAGGGGUCAAGAUGAUUAUUUGCCUGGAAACAUCAUCGAGAUUGAAGUCCAUAACUUUAUGACUUUUGAUCACUUGACCUGCAAACCAUGCUCGCGUCUUAACCUUGUGAUUGGUCCAAAUGGCUCUGGAAAGAGUUCUAUUGUAUGUGCCAUCGCUCUGGGCCUUGGUGGUGAGCCACAGCUGCUUGGAAGGGCAACAAGUGUUGGAGCAUAUGUCAAGCGUGGGGAGGAAUCUGGAUACAUUAGAAUUUCCUUAAGAGGGGACACUGAAGAUGAGGAGAUAGUUAUCACGCGAAAAAUAAAUACUCAGAAUAAGUCUGAGUGGCUCUUUAAUGGAAAAGUAGUGCCGAAAAGAGAUAUAGCUGAAGUUAUUCAGAGAUUCAACAUUCAAGUCAACAAUCUAACUCAAUUUUUACCUCAAGACCGGGUUUGUGAGUUUGCCAAAUUAACUCCCAUCCAACUUCUGGAAGAGACUGAGAAGGCUGUUGGCGAUCCCCAACUUCCCGUUCAACACUAUACUCUUGUUGACAAGAGUCGUGAAUUGAAAAUUAUUGAACGGUCGAUUGAAAAAAAAGGAGAAACCCUGAAUCAGUUGAAGGCGCUGAAUGCUGAACAGGAGAGGGAUGUUGAGCGUGUGCGGCAAAGGGAAGAGCUUCUUGCAAAGGUUGAUGACAUGAAGAAAAAAUUGCCUUGGCUAAAGUAUGAUAUUAAAAAGGCUGAAUACAUGGAGGCCAAAGAGCAAGAAAAUGAUGCAAAGUCAAAGUUGGAUGAAGCUGCAAAGACUCUUAAUGCUUUUAAAGAGCCUAUUGAGAAACAAAAGCGGGAGAAAUCAAGAAUUGAUGCUAAAUAUAAAAAGCUUAGCGGCCUAAUAAAUGACAAUGCCAAGAAACGCUUGGAAACUUUGGAGAUGGAAAGCCAAUUAGAAGUGCAAGCACGAGGAAAGAAGAAAGAAAUCGAGGAUUUGAGGAAGCAAGAAACAUCUCGUCAAGAAAGAAUUAUAAAAGCUAAAGAGGAUUUUGCUUCGGUUAAACUAGAGCUAGAAAAUCUGCCUGCUUAUGAAGCUCCAAAGGAUCAGCUGGCAACAUUAAAAGAUCAGAUUGUGGAGCUUGAAGGUUUGGCAACUCAGAAGAGGCUCCAGAAGUCAGACAGGGAAAAGACUUUAUUCCAACAAAAGACUAAAAUGCUGCAAUGUCUAGACCGGUUGAAGGAAAUGGAGAGUACGAAAAACAAACUUUUGUUUGCUUUGAAGAAUUCUGGAGUAGAAAAGAUAUUUGAGGCUUAUCGGUGGCUCCAAGAACACCGAUCUGCAUUUAAUAAGGAUGUCUAUGGUCCUGUACUGCUUGAGGUUAAUGUUGCCAAGAGGGAACAUGCUGAUUUCUUGGAAGGGCAUGUGCCUCACUACAUCUGGAAGUCUUUCAUUGCUCAAGAUGCUGGGGAUCGAGAAGUCCUUGUGAAGAACCUCGGGCCUUUUGGUGUUCCUAUAUUAAACUUGGCACGUGACAACCUUCAGAUAGAGCCAUUUCGCAUUACAAGAGAGUUGCAUGCUCUUGGCAUUUAUUCGCGGCUUGACCAAGUUUUUGAUGCUCCCAAAACAGUCAAGGAUGUCUUGAUUAGCCAGUGUGGUCUGGAUCAUUCGUAUAUUGGGACGGCAGAAUCUGAUCGGAAUGCUGAUGCUGUAUCUGAUCUGGACGUUAAUGACUUUUGGACACCAGAAAAUCACUAUAGAUGGUCGAGGUCUAGAUAUGGGGGUCAUAAGUCAGGGAUUGUGGAGCCAGUACAUCGAUCACGGCUUCUCUUAUGCUCAGAUGCGGGGGAAGUUGAAAAGCUGCGGCAGCGCAAAAUGGAAUUGGAAGAAUCUGUGGCCAAUCUAGAAGAGAGUCUUAAAUCACUCCAGAAUGAGCUAAGACUGAUUGAUGAUGAAGCAGCUAAACUUCAAAAGGAGCGGGAGGAGAUCAUUAAUGUUGUCCAACUCGAUAAACGAAAGCGACUUGAAAUUCAAGGCCGUGUAGAACAAAGGAGGAGAAAACUGGAAUCGUUGGAAAAGGAGGAUGACCCAGAUAACAUUAUAAUGCAGCUAAAUGACAAGGCUGCUCAGUUCCAUGCUCAACGGUUGAAAUGUGCACUGGAAUUUAAGAGACUGCUUUUAGAUGCAGUUGCUUUUAGAAGAAGCUUUGCUGAAAAACACAUGGCUUCGAUUGAAUUUGAUGCCAAGAUCAGAGAAAUGGAAAUCAGUCUGAAGGAGCACGAUAAGUUUGCCUUGCAAGCAGCCUCACACUUCGAGUACUGUAAAAAGGAUGUUGAAAAUUGCAGGCAGCAGCUCAUAAAGGCCAAGCGACAUGCAGAGUCAGUUGCAGUGAUCACCCCGGAACUUGAAAAGGCUUUCCUUGAGAUGCCCAUUACGGUUGAGGAGCUAGAGGCUGCAAUUCAAGAUAAUAUUUCACAGGCUAAUUCUAUUAUGUUUUUGAACCCCAAUAUAUUGGCAGAGUAUGAGGACCGUGGCCGUCAGAUAGAAACAAUUUCCGACAAACUUGAAGCAGAUAAAAGGGAGCAGGCGUGCUGUUUAACUGAAAUAAAUGUCUUGAAGGAAAAGUGGCUUCCAACUCUGAGGAUUCUUGUGGCUCAGAUUAACGAAACUUUCAGUCAUAACUUUCGGGAGAUGGCUGUUGCUGGAGAAGUGUCACUAGAUGAGCACGACACUGAUUUCGACCAAUAUGGAAUUCUUAUAAAAGUUAAAUUCAGGCAAGCGGGGCAACUUCAAGUUCUCAGCGCUCACCAUCAAUCUGGAGGGGAAAGAUCGGUGUCAACUAUCCUUUACCUUGUUUCUCUGCAAGACUUAACAAACUGCCCAUUCAGGGUGGUUGAUGAGAUAAAUCAAGGAAUGGACCCUAUUAAUGAGAGGAAGAUGUUCCAGCAAUUAGUGAGGGCUGCCAGUCAACCCAAUACGCCACAUAUCGCCUUGCCUAUAUAUGAUGCAGGUGCUUUCUGCUUACUCCAAAGCUGUUAUCAGACCUGGAAUAUAGCGAGGCAUGUGCAGUUCUGAACAUAAUGAAUGGUCCUUGGAUAGACAAGACCUCAAAAGUUUGGAGCAAGGGUGAGUGCUGGAGAAGUGCUGCUGGCUUGGCUUAGUCGGAGGGAGUUGGUGCUGAGAGCGAUUGAUCACGGUUGGCAUGGAGAUGAUUUAUUAUUAGGUUGUCCAAGUUUUUUUUUUGAAAGAAGUUCCUCCCAACCCUCUCCUAGUUGCCUCCAUCAAUGCACUUUUAAGUUAUUGCAGUUCGACCAAAGAUGCAUCUCCAUUGUUAUUGUGUAGUAGUUUAUUGGGGUUACAUAUAGCAGCAGUAUUUAUGCAAGAAGUCGCAGGCAGCCGGAAGUGCGUUCACCUUCGUUUGGCAAAGGUAUAUGCCCACUACACUUCUAAUGGCUGAGGUGAAAUCUUACACUUCAUAUGUAUGUAUAUUGUCAGAGCACAUAUGUCCUACGGAUAUAUUCCAAAGGAAUUAACUCCAUAGGGAGGCUCCUUAAAAGGAGAGUUUUGCAGCGUGA